AUGACCGUUAUCGAUCCACAAGACUACUACAAAUUUGAGUAUCUUGAUGACCAAGAUAAAUAUGAAAAAAUAUAUAAACCCAAAAUCGAAAAGUACAAUCAAGCAAUUCAAAAUGACAUGAAAAGGAUUGAUGUUGACAUUUCCAAAUUACCACCUCCUGAACUUCUUGACUCAACAAAUUUCAACUCACUUAAAUUUCUCGAAGAAUCUAAUUUAUUAUCAGAAAAAGAAUUGAAAUUGACCAAUUUACCUGCUUAUAAGAUUGUUGAAUUAAUUGCAGAUGGAGAACUAACUUCAACAGAAAUUACAAAAGCGUAUCUAAAACGAUGCGUCAUCGGUAACUAUUUAUUAAAUUAUGCCUGUGACUUUUUAAUCGAUCAAGCGUUGGAAACUGCAAAAGAAUUGGAUGAGUAUUAUCUCAAAACUGGUAAAACUGUUGGACCUUUGCAUGGGUUACCAAUGUCAGUAAAAGAACAUUAUGGUUACAAAGAUAGAAUUACACACGCUGGUUUUGUUUCCUUGAUUGACAAUAUUGCUCCAGCUGAUCAAAAGACUACCAGUUUGUCUAAAAAGGCAGGUGCAGUCUUUAUUGUUAGAACUGCUCAACCACAAUCUAUUAUGCAUUUGGACACAAUUAAUAACAUAACAGGUCGUACCAGAAAUGUAUACAAUACAAGUUUGUCGCCUGGUGGUUCAUCAGGUGGAGAAGGUGCCUGUGUUUCCUUCAGUGGUUCUGCUUUGGGUUUGGGUUCAGAUAUUGGCGGUAGUAUUAGAACACCUGCAGCUUUUAAUGGUAUUUAUGGUCUUCGUCCAACCUCCUUGAGAGUUUCAUUGGCUGGUAGCAUUUCAGGUGGUGCAGGUCAGGAAUCUGUUAUGGGAGUUGUUGGCCCAAUUGCAAAAACAGCAGAAGAUUUGGAUUUAUACAUGUCUGCAUACUUCGAUCAAGAACCUUGGGAGGUAGAUUCUUUAUUAGUUCCUUUGCCUUGGAAAAAAGUCGGUGUUCCAAAUCCAAAAGAUCUAAAAAUUGGUAUAAUAUAUGAUGAUGGUAUUGUUAAACCAUUGCCUCCUGUGAUUAGAGGUUUAGACUUUAUUUCCAAAAAACUAAAAGAAUCCGGUGUCAAUGUUGUUAAAUUUGUACCUCCAAAGACUCAAGAAGCUUAUGACACUGUUCAUCAUAUGUACACUUGUGAUGGCAACUAUAUGCAUAAAAAAAUGUUGUCUGAAAGUGGUGAGCCUUUAUUGCCUCUAACAAAAUGGUUUUUGUCGUUUGGUAAAGGAGAUGAGGCUUUAUCGGUUAAGGAAAAUAGGGAAUUAAAUGGCACAAGAAAUAAAUUGAGACAAGAAUAUACAGAUUUACUAAAUGACCUAGACAUUGAUUUUGUGAUUUCUCCAUCCUAUGUUAACUCGGUUCCAAAGCCAAACCAAGUUUAUUACUGGGGCUACACUUCUCUAUGGAAUAUUUUGGAUUUUCCAACAACUGUUUUCCCAACUGGCUUAUUUCAAGAUCCUGAACUUGAUAUCGUAAAAAAAGAAGACUAUGACUACCAGCCAAGGUCUCAUUUGGAACAGUUGGAACACGAGACGUAUGGCAAUCCUAGGGAUUUUGAGGGAUCUCCAAUUUCUUUGCAAUUGAGUGGUAGAAGAUACCGAGAUGAAGAAGUUGUUGCUGCAACCAAAUUAAUUUCCAAAAUUCUUGAAUAA